GCUACAGCAUUUCCGGUCUCAAGAUGGUCGCCUAAACUAUUAAAAUGAGACUUCCUCCACCUUUCUCUAGUUCUGAUUUUUUUUUAACGUGGAUGUGACGCACUAAAGGACCCGACGGAAAUAGAACUGGAGGCGUUCUAAAAUGGCGAACCGCACGGUAAAGGAUGCGCACAGCAUCCACGGCACCAACCCUCAAUAUCUGGUGGAGAAGAUCAUUCGGACGCGAAUCUAUGAGUCCAAGUACUGGAAAGAGGAGUGCUUUGGGCUUACCGCUGAACUUGUAGUCGAUAAAGCCAUGGAGUUAAGGUUUGUGGGUGGCGUCUAUGGUGGCAACAUAAAGCCAACUCCCUUUCUGUGUUUGACCUUGAAGAUGCUUCAGAUUCAACCGGAGAAGGAUAUUAUUGUUGAGUUUAUAAAGAAUGAAGACUUCAAGUAUGUCCGCAUGUUGGGAGCCCUUUACAUGAGGCUGACAGGCACUGCAAUUGAUUGCUACAAGUACUUGGAGCCUCUGUACAACGACUAUAGAAAAAUCAAGAGCCAGAACCGAAAUGGGGAGUUUGAACUGAUGCACGUAGAUGAGUUCAUUGAUGAAUUACUGCAUAGUGAGAGAGUAUGUGAUAUCAUUCUGCCCCGACUACAGAAACGCUAUGUGCUCGAGGAAGCUGAGCAGCUGGAGCCUCGGGUUAGCGCUCUAGAAGAAGACAUGGAUGACGUGGAGUCUAGUGAAGAGGAGGAAGAAGAGGAUGAGAAGUUGGAGCGAGUACCAUCACCCGAUCACCGGCGGAGAAGCUACCGCGACUUGGACAAGCCCCGUCGCUCUCCCACACUGCGCUACAGGAGGAGUAGGAGCCGUUCUCCCAGAAGGUGAGGCUCUCCCUAGUCAUUUGCCUCUUCCAGGGAGACUUUAAACACUAUAGUAUAAAAAUCUGGAGUUCCAGGAAAGAAAAAUGCAAAUCUGUUGAGAAGGUCUGCUUGCCCAAUGUAUUAGUUGCUGCAAAAUAACCACCCACAAAACGUCAGUGGCAGACAAUAACCAUCUAUUUAAUACCGUAUUUCCCCAUGUAUAAGAUGCACCCUUUUCC